GGCAGCCGGCCCGGCGCUGAGCCGUUCCUGUGUCGGCAGGCAAACCCCUUCCAGCACCGCAUCUGCCAUGUGUUCUCCACCUCGGAGAACAGUGACGACAGCAUGUCCUUUGAAGACUUCCUCGAUAUGCUGAGCGUCUUCAGCGACUCCGCCACCUCGGAGAUCAAAUCCCACUAUGCCUUCCGCAUCUUUGACUUUGAUGAUGAUGGGACUCUGUCCAGAAAGGACCUGGAGAAACUGGUGAACUGCCUGACGGGGCAAGACGAGGAGUCCCGGUUGAACACCGCAGAGAUGGAGCAGCUCAUCCAAAACAUCCUGGAAGAGUCCGACAUCGACAAGGACGGCACCAUCAACCUCUCUGAGUUCCAGCACGUUGUCUCCCGCUCCCCGGACUUUGCCAGCUCCUUCAAGAUCGUCCUGUGAGAGCCCUGCGGCUCUCCAGCAGAACCGCUCCUGUUGCAGCUCUUCGUGGUCUCAGAGGUGUCCUUUUCCCAAUCAGCAGAGCGGCAGAGGCCCCAGCUCCCCACCCGCCCGGCAGCGCUGCACAGUGCCUUAGGCAGGACGCCCUCCUGCUCCUCGGUAGUGCCUGGCAGGCGAGGUGGAGGUGGCAGAGGUGGGGCCCUGGGAAGCUGCCUUGCCUGCAGCCCUCUGCUCUCCCAGGAUUGGAUUUUAACUCCUUAUGUAAACCAAGGGCAGCUCUACAGGAGGGGCAGUACAGCCCCUCUCUGCCCUCAGUACCAAUUCGUGCCUUCCACCAGCAGGCAGGGAGCUGCCUCGCCCAGCCAAGUCCCAGCCCAGCUCUCCUGUCUUCCCAGGGGCCUCCCUGCUGCGACAUGGAUCCAUUUCUCUGAGCAAUAACCCAAGGGUGGAUCCGUUUCUCUGAGCAAUAACCCAAGGGUGGAUCC